GUAGCUGCAUCUUUGUUGAUAGAUUUGUUAUUGUGUGGCUAACCUAACAAAAACAUUAUAGAAUUUGUUUACAUCAGCUUAUAGGUAAACAGUUUACCGUAGUUGGACUUAAAUUAAACAAGGCACAAUGGCAGUUCCACCAGCAGCGUUGGUGAACCGAAAUAAGAAACAUUUUAUGGGUGUACCUGCUCCUCUUGGAUAUGUUGCUGGUGUUGGACGAGGUGCAACUGGCUUCACAACACGUUCUGAUAUCGGUCCUGCCCGUGAUGCAAAUGAUGUUUCAGAUGAUCGGCAUGCUCCACCAAGUAAAAGAAAAAAAGGUCAUCAGAAAGAGGAAGAAGAAGAUGAUGAUGAGGAUUUAAAUGAUUCCAAUUAUGAUGAGUUUUCAGGUUAUGGUGGGUCCUUAUUUAGUAAAGAUCCAUAUGACAAAGAUGAUGAGGAAGCUGAUGCUAUUUAUGAAGCAAUUGACAAGAGAAUGGAUGAGAAAAGGAAAGAAUACCGAGAAAAAAGACUGAAAGAGGAACUGGAGCGCUAUCGACAGGAGAGGCCAAAAAUUCAGCAGCAAUUCAGUGAUUUAAAAAGAGGUUUAGUAAAUGUGACUGAGGAUGAAUGGCGUAAUGUUCCUGAAGUAGGAGACGCUCGAAACAGGAAGAUGAGAAACCCUCGCUCUGAAAAAUUUACUCCUCUUCCUGACUCUGUACUUGCACGAAAUUUGGGAGGUGAAACAACUACGUCACUGGAUCCGAGUAGUGGUAUUGCUAGUGCCUUCCCAGGCACAACUACACCCGGAUUUUCCACACCAGGAAUGUUAACACCUACUGGAGAUUUGGACUUGUGCAAAAUUGGACAAGCUCGCAACACAUUGAUGAAUGUGAAGUUGAGCCAAGUAUCUGACUCUGUAGAGGGCCAGACAGUAGUUGAUCCUAAAGGAUACCUGACGGAUCUUCAGAGCAUGAUACCGUCAUAUGGUGGAGACAUAAAUGACAUAAAGAAGGCACGACUUCUCUUAAAGUCUGUGCGAGAGACAAAUCCAAACCACCCACCUGCUUGGAUAGCGUCAGCCAGACUGGAGGAGGUUACUGGCAAAGUACAAGCUGCAAGGAACCUUAUUAUGAAAGGUUGUGAGGUCAAUCCAAAGUCUGAAGAUCUGUGGCUGGAAGCAGCUCGACUGCAACCUCCAGACACUGCACGAGCUGUCAUAGCCCAGGCUGUUCGCCAUAUACCCACUUCUGUGCGGAUAUGGAUCAAAGCUGCUGAUCUGGAGACUGAAAUAAAGGCAAAACGAAAAGUCUACAGGAAGGCUCUUGAACAUAUACCUAAUUCAGUUCGACUUUGGAAAGCUGCUGUAGAGCUUGAAGAUCCAGAAGAUGCAAGGAUUUUGCUGAGUCGUGCUGUAGAAUGCUGUCCAACUAGUGUUGAUCUCUGGCUUGCACUUGCUAGAUUAGAGACAUACGAAAAUGCUCGUAAGGUCCUCAAUAAAGCAAGAGAAAAUAUACCUACUGACAGACAGAUUUGGACAACUGCUGCCAAACUUGAGGAGGCCAAUGGGAAUAAUCAUAUGGUGGAAAAGAUCAUUGAGAGAGCAAUAACAUCUCUGAGCUCAAAUGGUGUAGAAAUCAAUCGUGAGCACUGGAUUAAAGAAGCAAUAGAAGCUGAAAAAUCAGGUUCUGUUCACUGCUGUCAAGUAUUGAUCAGAACCAUAAUUGGACAUGGUGUUGAAGAGGAAGACAGGAAACACACUUGGAUGGAUGAUGCAGAGUCUUGUGCACAACAGGGAGCAUAUGAAUGUGCUCGUGCCAUUUACGCCCAUGCACUUGCAACUUUUCCCAGUAAAAAAUCAAUCUGGCUCCGUGCUGCAUAUUUUGAAAAGAAUCAUGGCACCAGGGAUUCUCUGGAAGCACUACUACAGAGAGCAGUAGCACAUUGUCCAAAGUCAGAGGUUCUUUGGUUAAUGGGUGCCAAAUCUAAGUGGAUGGCUGGUGACGUACCUGCUGCAAGAGGAAUAUUAUCGCUUGCCUUUCAAGCUAACCCAAACUCAGAAGAAAUCUGGCUUGCUGCUGUCAAACUUGAAUCGGAGAACUCUGAGUAUGAACGUGCUCGUCGUCUGCUGGCUAAGGCUCGUGCAUCUGCACCAACCCCAAGGGUAAUGAUGAAAUCUGCAAAGCUUGAGUGGGCUUUGGACAAUCUAGAGCAAGCACUUAUGCUCUUGGAAGAAGCUAUUAAAGUGUUUCCAGAAUUUCCUAAACUCUGGCUGAUGAAAGGUCAAAUAGAAGAGCAGCAAGGGAAAGUUGAUAAGGCAUGGGACACAUAUAACAUGGGGAUUAAGAAGUGUCCUACUUCAAUUCCAUUAUGGCGAUUGUUGUCAUCCUUGGAAGAACGUCGUGGUCUGUUAACAAAAGCACGUUCAGUACUGGAGAAAGGCCGAUUGCGCAAUCCAAAAUGUGCUGAACUGUGGUUGGAGGCUAUACGUGUUGAAUUUCGUGGUGGAUUACGAGACAUAGCCAAUACUCUAAUGGCUAAAGCACUGCAAGAAUGCCCAACAUCUGGCAUUUUAUGGGCAGAAGCUAUUUUCCUUGAACAGAGACCUCAGAGAAAGACAAAAAGUGUGGAUGCACUGAAGAGAUGUGAGCAUGACCCUCAUGUACUCCUUGCUGUCUCUAAGUUGUUUUGGUCAGAGAGGAAACUUCAGAAAUGUCGUGAGUGGUUCAACAGGACUGUGAAGAUUGACUCAGAUCUCGGUGAUGCAUGGGCAUAUUUCUACAAGUUUGAAUUACUCAAUGGAACAGAGGAGCAACAAGAGGAAGUUAAGAAGAGAUGUAUUGCUGCAGAGCCUCAUCACGGUGAAGCUUGGUGUAAGGUUUCAAAGGACAUUCGUAAUUGGCGGUUCAAUACAGAACAAAUCUUGCGUCUUGUUGCAAAGGAUCUUCCCAUUCCUGUGUAAAUAACAGUAGUUCACUUAAGUGAGUGAGUAAUGCUGUAUAAAACAUUGUAAUAUUUAUGUGUGUUCUCAUGUGACCUACAUGUGUUAGUAUAUAUUGUGAGUUGAAGGAAAACAAGAAAGUUGUGUCUUUAGUGUUUUCUGUGGCUACACUUGCCCCUUUUUUUGGCAUGAAUAAUUGUGUGUGUGUGUGUGUGUGUGUGUGUGUGUGUGUGUGUGUGUGUGUGUUACAUGGUGACCUCUCAUUCAGGGCUAUACACGUAUUAUUUCUGGCUGUAAAUGAAGUGCUCAGAACAUUAACAUAUUUCAAAAGUGAUUACUAAACAAUCACAUAGCAUAUAUAAUGUUCAUUUGGAGUAAACAUAAUGUUUUAUUGUGUGUUGUAAUGUGUUUAAGUUGUGUACAUGCCUAUGCGAUCUCAUUUGUAUGAGAGCAGUAUUUGUCUUUCUGUAAAUUGCCAUUAACCACACUCCUCAAAGAUGUUCUUGAAAACAUCAUUCAUCUUUUUGUAGCAAAAUCCAACAUAUUAAUUUCAAUGCCACACAGUCAUUGUGGUGUAUAGUUUUAUUUUAAAAAAAUUGUGGUCACAUUGAAGCACCUAAAGAAUGUUAUAGCAACAAUUUAUAUUCAUCUUAAUUUUAUAUUGUGAUGUACUGUGGUGCACUGUAUAUAUACUUUUUUCUUUUUUUAGGAAUUUUAUGGCAGGAGUUAACUUUUUUUCAGUGCUUCUGUGGAGUAUCUCCUAGCCAUCAAGAGUUAUGUAAAGUGUACAUAGUUUUAUUACAUUAAUCACUGCAGAUGUGGAACUGUAAUGUAUGUUCCAGUCAGAUGGAUAAUUAAAUAACCAGUUUCACUGUUUAUAUACAUUUGUUAACUUUUGUAACCUUAUUGUACAAAUAGUCCCAAGAUGACCAAAGUUUGCUGAUGCAUAUAGGAAACUGUAAUUUUCACCCUCAGAUGAAUCAUAAAUAUUAAAAAUAUGACUCAUAAAGAAGAAUACUUACUUUUAUGUCACUCAUUCUUCAAAUAUCCAUAAAAAAUUAAAUCAUUUUUAUGAAGCUA